UAUAGUUAAUAAAAUGUCAGAUAUGACUGCAUUAACUAUCGCAUUGAAUAGAAUAGCAAGUCAGAGCUGAUGUGCGAGCACAGUGACAAUGUGAACAAAGCUGCGAUGUUUAUUAUGUGAUCUGCGUACGUUGCUGACAGGUGCUUGGAGUUUAGCGAUACCAGUUGCAGGAACAUUAACGAUCAACUUCCGGUUAUUUGAAUGUGAAGAAUACAAUGUUUUGAUGUUUGGUGCGUUCUAAAUGAUGUAUAAUAAAGAUGGACACGUGCCACCAGUUUGAAUGUUUAGUAUGAUUUUGUGAAACAGACUUAAACAUACACUGUAUACAGGACAAAGAUCAAGGAUGACGAUUGUUGAAAAGGUCAACAGUGCCACUCAAAAACAACAACCUGUUGAAAAAACCUCUGAAAUUAAAGUGACAAGCUCCGGUGAGAAACAAAUGGAAGGCCAGUCCUCUGGGAAAGAUGUUGUUAAGGAUAAAGAUGACAAACAUAAAUCGGCUAAUAACGUCAAUACCGGCCCUGUUAAAGACAUAAGGGUUUUAAAUCUAACAAAGAAAAUAUUUUCAUCCUUUCCUAUCAAAAGUGAGGAGCAAGAUUCAAAAGACCCAACAGAUGUUUGUCCAGACAAGGGCAGUGGGUCAGUAGAAAAUAAGGACACAGAAGUUAUGUUGUAUAUUUCUCCCGAGGGGGACUUAUACAGUGCCAGUCAAUUAGAAAAACAUGAGGAAGACAUAGACAAAAAAUCACUGUUAAAAGAAGAUGGUGUCGUUUAUUUUAUAAAACCUUUGAAAGAUGAGGAGCUUUGUGAUCUUAUUUUGGAAUAUUUAGAUUUAAUCAAACAGGAACCAAAAGGUUUAUUUACUUUAGACAUUGCUGGAAGUUUAAUGAGGACAGGUAAUAAACAGGAUGUUAAAUCAGAACCACAGAGUAUGUACUUGAUGGAUGCAGCUGUUGAUCAGAGUACUUCAAGCACAUCACAGCAAGGGGAAGUAGUUGUGAAAGGGGAACCUGAAGAAUAUGAAGAAAUGGAGGAAGAAGAAGAUGAGGAUGAUAUUGAGCAGCUGCAGAGCUUACAGAGUGGUGCAGGUUUAACUGGGCAGUUGAGAGUUAAAGUAUUGCAGUCUCUGUAUAACAAAUCUAGAUUCCAGAAAAAAACAACAGCACCAACAGAGAAGACUGAAACACCUAAGCCACGUGGAAGAAAGACUAAAAGAUCUAAGGCAUCAGCAGGAAAGACUGACAGCCAUGAGAACCCAUCAAGUACUUUAGAAGUGAGAAGCAUAAAACUGAAAGCAGGACGAAAGAGGAAAACUAAUAAGUUAAUUGUUGACCACCUCACUGGUCUGUCCAUUAUUCAAAUGAAAAUGAACAUGCAGAUAACAAAUGAUAUUGUAAAUAAGAAUUCACAAGUUGAACCCAGUACAAAGAAGUCAAGAAAAGACAUCACGGACACCUUACUGACAUCACCAGGAAAAGGUUUUCAGUCUGAUAAAUUGUCAAAGAUUUAUGACAGUUGUUUGGUAACUAGUACUUCCCAAGAUUCCGACGACGAACUGGAAGAUUUAGGUUUGCAGGAAUUGCCUGAUAAUGCACCAAGAUAUGCCACACACUGUGAUGAUACAGAAUAUCUAUCUGAAGAUGACUUAAACAGCGAAACAAGCUCAGUUCCUGGUAGCAUGACUCAGACAUUUCCUGUGGAAUAUACAGAUGUAAACGAAAACACUAAAAGCUAUAUUUACAAAAAAAGUAAAAGAAUGGAGGAACGAAAAACGAAUGAAGAGUCAUUAACUAUGCCGAUUGAUCCAUCCCAGAUCAAGACGGAACUCCCAGACAUCUUUGACAUUGACUCCUUGGUCCAUACCAUAAAUAGAAACUCUGAGAUAUGUCCAAGGAAGUUCAAUAGGUCGUACAGAGAUAUUGAGACAGAAUUGGUUAUGACAGAAAUAACUGGAUCACAAACUGGUUCCCCAGUUCAAAAAGAAACAGUAGUGAACAUUAAAAAGGAGCUCAAUAGUUCACCUAUCAAAGGUUUGAUGCAAAUGGCAAUGCAAAAAGGGUUAGAAAAUAGGGACCAGUGGGGCAACUUCCAUGAGUUUGAUAUUGACAGUGUUGUUAAUGUUGUCAAUAGAAGAGAUGAGGGGAGACAACUGGCAGAUUGUCAUGUGAAACUAGAAGACCAGGGGAGACAAUUGCCUGAUUGUCAUGUAAAUAUUGUCAAAAUAGAGGACCAGGGGAGACAACUUGAAGAUGGCAUUGUAAAUUUUGUAAAUAGAGAAAACCAUGGGGUAGAACCAGUAGAUAGUAAUAUCAGUAUUGUGAAAAAAGAAAAGCAGGGGAGGCAACUAGAGGAUGAGGCAUAUUUAGGGAUGGAUGAUAUUGAAGCUCUUGUUCAUUAUACGAAUAGAAAACUGCCUUUAGUCAGUUCUGCAAAGAACAGUGCUUCUAAACAGCCUGCAUCGUCAGCUAAACUUCAAACAAUUGUUGGACUGCGACUUACAGAUGACAACAAGGGAAGUAAAUCUCCAAAUAAAAAGGGAGAUAACUCUUUAUCAUUAUCACCUCAAAUAAAAAAGAACUAUAAAAUAAAAGACUGUUCUGUGGUUAUGGACACUGAUAUUGACAUUCAGUCUAAACUGCUGAAUUUACAGAAAAAAUCAGAGUCUGAAAAGGAAGACGUGAGCAGAAGUGAACAUGAUUUGAAGAGAAGUGGUGGUGUUUCUGAUUCAGUUUUAGAAAAUGUUGCAAAGAAACCAAAAAUUGGUCCUAAAUGUAUGAAAAGACAAGAAAAGGAUGUCGUAAAAGAUCAGAAAAAGUCUAAAUUUGUUUUUGACCACAAAGCCAAAGUUAUGAAGCUGAAUUUAUCAAGGUUGGAUACAAAUCUUGAAGCAAAUAAGACUGAUAAAAAGAUUGACAAAGAAGUGACAAAAAAGUUGGAAAUUGAAAGUGAAAGGAGAAAGGAGAAAUCUCCUCCUCUUAAAGAUAAGGAACAAUCUGAAAGUGAAAGUAAACAGACAAAAACUUCAGUAGAGAAUACAGAAAAAGAAAGAUUGAAUAAUGAGAGACGGCAUAUAAAAUCUUCUACAGAUGGAAAUAGGAAACAGGACAGAAAAGGUGAAGGUAACAGUCAGGAAUAUUCAGACAAACAUAAACAUUCUGAAAAACCUAAACAUCCGCAUUCAGAAAAACAUAAACAUCCGCAUUCAGAAAAUCAUAAGCAUGGAGUUUCAGAUAAACCUGAACAUGGAAAUUCAGAAAAGCAUAAAGAAGCCAAAGGAGAAAAUUCUGAAAAGAUCAAGAAUUUCUCUGAUAAAAGUAGGUUGAAAAAUAGAGAGGAUGACAAAUAUAUGAAAUCAUCAAAAAGUCUAAAGAGGAAAGCAGAUGAAGAGGAAAGCAUUGCCAGUAAAAAGUCAAAACAUGAUGACAAAAUUGAAAAUGGUGACGAAAAGAAAGAUUCCAUGAAAAAACAUGAGACUAAAAAGAUAUCUGUUGGGGUAAAAAAGAAAGAAAAUAGAAAGGACGAAAAACUACAUGAACUAUCGGAAAAAUUAGAUGAAAGCUCAAGUAAUACUUCUAAAAAUAUAGAAUUGACAAUGAAAUGUAAACUUUGUAAAGAAAUCCAUAGUUCUAAAUCAGCAUUAGAAAAGCACAUGAUCAGCGUACAUAAAACUAAACUGGGUCGUAAAAGAUUCGGAUGUAAAAUUUGUACUCAAUCUUUUGAUACAACGUCUAUUUUGAUCAAACAUAUCCAAUCACACAAAGAGGAAAGUAGAAAAAGAGGUGAAGAAAAAGGAACCACAGAAACUGUUGAAAUAAAAACAAGAGAACAAAAAGGAAAGAUGGAAAUUAAAAUAAGAGAACAAAAAGAAGGAACAGAAACAAAAAUAAGGGAACAAACAGGAAAAACAGAAACAAAAAUAAGAGAGCAAGAAGGAAAGAAAGUCAUGAUGAAAACAAAAACAAGAGAACAAAAAGAUAAAACAGUAACAAAAGACACAAAAACAAGAGAACAAAAAGGAAAGACUGAAACAUUGGACACAAAAACAAGAGAACAAAAAGGAAAGAUAGAAACAGUAGAAACAAAAAUCAGGAGAGACAAAUUGACAUUAAGUCCUGUUAGUGACAAAAAAGAAGGAAAAACCAAAAUCUUGGAUGACAUCAAAAAAGGAGAGAUGUCUAAUCUGGAACACAAAUGUGUCGUCUGCCAUGAGGUUUUCAACUCUUCACGUUUACUGGCACAGCAUAUGAAAAAACACAGCAAUCUUCAGUGCAGUAUAUGUGAUAAGUACUAUAAAUCAAAGAGAGAGCUAGAGAAUCACGAAAGAUCUCAUACCAAGGGAAAUAACUCAAAUAACAAGUCAAAGAAUCAUGAAAAAUCUCAUAUAGAGGGAAGUAACUCAAAGAAAGAGUUAGAGAAUCAAGAAAAAUCUAAUUCAAAGGGAAAUAACUCGAAUAACAAGUUAGAGAAUCAAGAACAAUCUCAUUCAAAGGGAAAUAACUCAAAGAAAGAGUUAGAGAAUCAAGAACAAUCUAAUUCAAAGGGAAAAAACUCAAAGAAAGAGUUAGAGAAUCAAGAACAAUCUAAUUCAAAGGGAAAUAACUCGAAUAACAAGUUAGAGAAUCAAGAGAAAUCUCAUUCAAAGGGAAAUAAGUCAGUUAAUGCAAAAUCUUCAGUGAAGAAUAUAGAUGAGUAUGAAAAUGAACCUGAAACAAAUGACCUUGACCCAUCAACCACAGACAAAAUUACAGAUAAUGCUAAGUUCCCUUGCAUUAAAUGUUCAAAAGUUUUUGAAUCUAAAGAAGAUUAUGAAAAUCACAUGAAGACACAUAUGAGCCUCAUCACACCAGAAUUAGCAGGAAAAAGUAUCUUCCCUUGUACAAAGUGUAGCGGCUUGUUUACCAAGAAAGAAGAUUUACUCAACCAUAUUAAAGUUCAUGAUGAGAAGGUGUCAAAGUGUGACAUAUGCCAUAAGGUAUUUCCAAAUGAUGGUGAACUUGUUGAACAUAAGAAAUUUCAUAAUAUUCCCGAGACUUUGAAAUGUACCGUUUGUUACCUUAGUUUUCAAUCAUCAUCUGAAUUGGAUGAGCAUGUUCAGAAACACAAAGGUCAAGAGAAACACAAAUGCGACAUCUGUUUUAAAAGCUACACAAAAUUCAGCGAGCUUGAAGAACAUCGGGAAAGAGUACAUAACAUCUACAGUAAAAAGUGUAUCAAGUGUCAUGUGGUAUUUUUCUCAUCUUCAGAAUACGAAAACCAUUUGGAAACCGAAUGUGUCUCGAAACAAAAUACAUGUGACGUCUGCAUGCAAAUAUUCAAAACUGAUUCAGAACUACAAAAACAUUUACAAGUUCAUGAAGAGAGAAAAGACAUUGUUUGUUCUAUCUGCUCCAAGAAAUUUGAUAGUGUGAAAGAAUUAUUAAAUCAUAAAGAAGUACACAUGUACCAGAAAUGUAAAAUUUGUUUUAAAAAGUUUGUAUCGGAAGACAUUUUGAAUGAACACAUGAAAGUACAUUACGGUAAAAAUUGUCAACAAUGCAAUAUUUGUGGGAAGUGUUUUCCAUCAGAGAGGCUUUUCAACGAACACAAAGAUGCGGAGCAUCCUAACGCAAAGGUAAAAUGCGACAUAUGUCAGAAUACCUUCAAAACAUUCCCUGAAUUGGUUAAUCACAUGAAAAAACAUGAGCCGGAAAAGUUUGAUUGUAACGAUUGCGAUAAAUCAUUCAGUUCUAAUAAACAAUUGUCAAAUCAUUGGAAAAUGGAGCAUAACAAAGGGAUGAGCUUCAUGUGCGGACAUUGUAAAAUUCCAUUUAAAACUGAAAAAGAAUUGACCACCCAUGUUAAAGAUUGUCAUGAUAAUGUAGAAUAUAAGUGUGGAUUAUGCGAGAAGACAUUUUUAUCGGAAAAGAAAUUGACUGAUCAUAUGAACACGCAUACAGCUCAAUUUCAAUGCGGAAUUUGCCAAAAGCAAUUUGGAGAAGAAGAUCAACUUCUUGAACACAUUAAUGAACAUACUAUUAUAUCUGAUGUUACUCUAGAUGUUCCUGAUGUGCCAGCUGUUCCUACUCAUGUUCCUGCUGUUCAACCAGAUGUUCCUGUGGUUCAAACUGUUCUUCCUGAUGUAAUUCCAAAAGUAGUUAACUUACCCUGUGACAAUUGCGGUGAUAAAUUUACUACUCAAAGUGCUCUUGACAACCAUGUGAAAAAUUGUAAGAUUGUUGAGGAAUUUCAAUGUGGAUAUUGUAAAUGUUUCUUCAGUUCAAACGACACUUUAGUUCAACAUAUCAUAACGCACAUGGCAGCGCCUGCGUACAGUUGCGAUAUCUGUGGAGAAGUGUUCAAGUUGAAGGCGGAUUACGAUAAACAUCAACACAGCGGUGAUAAACAGAGAGUUUUCAAAUGUGGAAUAUGUCCAUUUGUGGGAAAGACUAGGAACAGUUUGAUGAAACAUCUAGAAACACAUUUGUAAAGAAAAAAUGUUAAAAAGUCCUCAAUUUUUUUUAAUUGCUUUAAUCAUAACCAAAGCCGACUUAUAUUUGUAAUCAAUUAACUUUCAAUUGAUGAAUUUUGCUUUAAUGUUUAUUCUUUAUUUUUGUUGGAUUCCAUUUUUUGUGGAUUGUUGAAAUUUGAAUUUUGCUGUAUAUCUGUUUUUCGUAGAUAUGCCAAAGUCUUUUAAGAAGCCUUUAAAAAAAGUGCAUUUUUUUUAAUAUUUAAAUCUUAAAUUUAAAAUUCAAUGAGAGAAAUCUUUGUCAGAAAUAUGAGGAGGAAGGUCAAGUGCCUUAUUUUCUUGAAAUAUAAAAAAUAAAACAAAAUUUUUCUUUCAAACUCAGUUUAAUUAUCUGCCCUAGUUUUUUAAAUUGAUUUUUUUUUCUGUAAAUUUAAAUACUCUUCUAGACACUUAAAUGUUUUUUGGAAUUUUUUUCAAUUCAAAACUGUAUUGCCAUAAAACUGCAUGUUUAUAGUAUGUGACACAACAAAACAUAAUGAAAAUAAAAAUAAUAACAAGAUCUUUAUAGUACAAUCUAACAAUUUUAAGAUUUUGUAGUUUCUGUUGUAUGUUGAAUGAGAUUGGGCACAAUUUUUUUAAACCACCUAACACCUUGACCGAACUUAAUUUGGCUUGUUUAAUUUUCAUAAAAUUUUGGUAAAAUAUUUACUUUGACCCUUUGACAAAAAUAUAAAAAUCUCAAAAAAACCAAACACAUUAUUGGGAAAAAAAAUUGUUGGAUAUAUAGCAGUUUGCCAAACACUAGUUUUGAUCAUUGAGAAGCUUCAUAUUUACUUAACAAUUGAACAUGAUUAAAAUGUUCAGUUGAUUUUAUAGAGUUAUCUCCCUGUAUUGUUAUGAACAACCUUAAAAGCCUAUUUGAUCAAGCUGUUGUGGAUUUCAAAUGACAAAGUAUAUGGUUUUGUAAAUAUAUAUGAUAUGUUGUUUUUGUUUAAAUUUUAUCAUUUGUAUGAUUUGUUUGUUUUAAUUGCUAUUAUUUGAAUUUGUAGAUUAAUAUUUGUUAAUUUUGUUAGGUAUAUUAAAUUUGUCUACUUGUAAUAAUACACUAACUUAAAGUGCCUUUUAUAACUAUCAGAAGUGCUAAAAAAUGUGUUUGAAAAUUGUUUUUGUUAUCUAGGUUAUCUCCCUUUAAAUGGCAAAGUUAAAAAAUAUUUUGAUUAAACAAAAAUAUUCUGCAUUUGAUAUAGGCAAAGUGUAAAUAAUAAACUUAUCACUUUUCUUAUCAAGAUAAUGACACAAUGCUGAAUAAAACAUUUUUAUGUAAGCUCAGUGGCGGAUCCAGAGGAGGGGUUCCAGGAGUUGGAACCACCCCUUUUUUUAGGACAAUCAAUGCAUUUGAAUGGGAAAAUAUAGUUGGAAACCCCCUUUUUAAAAUGGCUGGAUCCACCCCUGAAGCUGUCAUUUACAUUUUGUAUUAUAUAAGAUUAUGUAGUGAAUGAGCUGCAUAUGUGAAAGAAAUAGAGCGUAUGCAAAUAAAUAUCAGUUACCCCAUUUAAGGGUAAAAAAAAUAUGUACUUUAAACAAUUGUAUUGUUAUGAGAACUCUACAAAACAGAUCAAAUUUUUUAUUGUUUAUUUUUUAUUUGAAUGUUAUAAAAAUAAUCAAUGAACAGGUAUAUAUGCACUCGGUUAUGGUAAAUUUUUAUUUGAUGCAGCUUAAUUUAAGAAAUAAUUCCUUCAUGUCAUGCUCUAUGCUCAUUUUAACAUGGGUAGGCAUUAUAUUUGUCGAUAUUUUACACUGAGCGUUAGUGAGGUGUAAAAUAUGGUCAAAUGUAAUGCCUACCCAUGUUAAAAUGAGCAUAGAGCAUGACAUGAAGGAAUUAUUUCGAUUCUAAUAUGACAAAUACAAUAUAUUUAUAGGUCAAAGCGUACAAAAAUACCGUAAUAAUGUUUGGCUGUUCCCGUUUCCUCCCCGAGGAGUCUGUAUAUUACAUUUCAUAUUUGAUAAGUUUAAAAACAACGAGCAGGGUAAAUACGGUUGUUUGAUAAAAAUGUAUAAUAACAGUUUAUGUUAGAUGCUUAAAUGUAAAUAUUUAAAAAGAUAACGAUGGAAAUAACGUUUAUAUAAACAGUAAAUCCGUGUGCAUGUGUCAAACAUAUUUUUUGUGCUAAUUAGAACACGGCUUUGUUAACAAAGCGUAAUAAGGACAUCAUAUUAGAAUAGUAAUUUUUAUCUCAAUUUUGAAAUAAAUCUUGUGAAAAGAAGUGGCCAAACUAAAUCAAUGAGAGCAUUUAUCCAAAGAUUUUCUGGGUUUUUUUUUAGGUUUUUUUUUUUUAAG